CACCCCAUGUCAAGGAGAGAAUCCUUUGUGUUACCUGUAACAUAACGCUUCCUAUAACUUCUGCGAGCAAAACGAGCACGACGAUGACGAUAGCUUCGAUACUGCCUACCCCUCCCAGUAGUCCGCCUCCUUCAGCUCGCAAGCCAGUCGUCAUCCCUAUCGCAUCCGCUGCGGCCUUUCCAACUGCAUUGUCCCCACAGCCCGUUAAGGACGCUCAAGUCUUAUCGCAACCAAGAUCUACACUAGCAACAAAUGCAACAUCAACCACGAGUACCAGAUCAACGCCGCAAACCACAACCACAAAAACUCCGGCAGCAGGAAGACCACCAUCACGCACCCUCGCCGCACUCAAGAGAGACCUCCACAUUGAUGGCUGGCAAUGCGGCGCCCAGACGCGCAGGGAUACAGAAUGCAAGCGCUUUGUGAAGGAGGGCAACAAGGACUUCAUUAACACGCAGCUUGCGUCCAUGACGGGCCUGACGCGCGCCUCUCCGAACUUUGAACCCGCUGUGCUCAAGCUCGUCAUGCUGGUGCACUGCUACCAGCACGAUGCGGGUCGACCAAAGGAGCGCCGACUUGAGGCAUGGAGGCUUGAAUUUCCGCCUGGUAGCGCUGAUGGCACCAUGCCUAAAAUUUCCAUUGAGCGGCUCAUCAGGAAGGCUCUCGAGCCGCUGAGUGCCGAAUGCAUUGCCAACGGCAACGGACAUGCGUGCGAGGUGAGGAUUGGUGGAUGGAAGGUUCAGAAUUGCGAGAAAACGCUUCAAAAGCUCAUCAAGCAGGAAAUAUACUCCGACCACGUCACGCUGGAGUUCUUGCUCAAGGUGCUAGAGUGGAAUAGAACCUGCAACGCCCAUCAAAGCUCGAGGCAAUUCAUGUGGGUCGCGGCGUGGAAGAAGAGUAUCAUGGCGGUAUUGCCCUUGCCAAUGCCACUUGGCGGCCAGACCCUUGCCAGCAACGCACCAGACGACCCUCAAUACUCUCCACGAGUUCAAACAGAUCCUCUGGUCGUCAUGACUCCGUUGAUGACGAGGAGAGCUGUUCCCAUCGUGCAGGCCUUGCCGAGCCCACGAGCUCCACCAGGCCCCACCAUUAGCCCAGACGCCGACCCGGCAUCGUACUGGCAAAAAGCCUACGACUCGAGCUGCUUCAACAUUCUCCAACAUGCCAACCAUGACGCAAGUCCUACACGCUCGCACAAGCUGAUCCGCGCCGAGAUCAGCAGACUACUAGAUGCCCAUGACCUUUGUGACGGGUAUGUCUACUCCUACGAGGUCGAGGGCAACGAAGGCUACGUCAAGAUUGGGUAUACCACGCGCUCUGUAACGGAACGGCACGACGAGUGGUCGUUCGACUGCAACAGGCAGACCAAGCCGCUAUACCCUUCCCCCGCUCAAGCCGCUGCUACCAUUCCAAGUGCAAAAGAUGCCCCAGCUGCGCCGGCCGUGCUCGUCCCGCACGCGCGUCGCGUUGAGGCCUUAUGCCACGCCGAGCUCGAUCACCGUCGCAUCAGGAUAUACUGCGGCGCGUGCCUAAAGCAGCACAUCGAAUGGUUCGAUGUAUCUGCUAUAGAGGUCACGGCCGUCAUCCAGAAGUGGUCGAGGUGGAUGGCCACUCAGCCGUAUGAGCUUCUGCGGCUAAAGAACAACUCCAAGUGGACGCUCAAAGCGAGCGAGGUGCAACGGACGUUGAGAUUUGAGCAGUUUAUGCGAGAGAUUGCGGUAGUGCCCGCCCCGCCGUAGAAGGGGCGAAAGGGUUGAGUCUGGUCAAUUCGUGUCCUUCGCGUCUAGGUCGCUCCUCGACGACAGCCCUGCAAAGACGUGCCGCUAGAACAGAUCAUGCUUUUGAUAUGCUCGGGCACUAGGCAAAUUGCUAUUUCAAUGGCCUGUAACCUCUAGGUGUUUCACCAAAGGGACUGCCCGUUGGACGAAGGUUAGAGGAAUCCACGGGAGGCGGUGGGAAAAUGACGCUCUCGAGAUACUGAACGGCAAAAUCGCCGCCCUCGCGGAUGAGAUCCUUGAACACGUCCUUGCUGCCUAAUUCUCUGACGUGAACCUUCGCUACCUCGACUACAGCAGAUCGCAUCGCACAAUUGUUCUUAGGAGUAGUCGCACAUAUUUCUUAAAUACAUUCUAGAAAGGAGUUGCUUCU